UGGAAGCCAGCUCAGGCAGUUCUGAGGAGGAAAAUAUCAAAGGUGGGGGAAUAAAAAGAAGCUUAAUAGUGGCUGAGUGGAGCAGAUGAAGUGUCGCGAUGGUUUCAGAGAAGUAGAAGGAAGGAAGUGAGUGUCUCUUGAAUGAAAAAGAAGGACCCAUGACCCUGACACGAGGAUCCUUCACCUAUUCCAACGGAGAGGAGUACCAUGGAGAGUGGAAAGAAGGGCUGCGUCACGGUCUGGGACAGCUGACCUUCAGUGAUUGGACGUGCUACACUGGACAGUUUGAGAAUGGCCUAUUUAAUGGCUGCGGUUUGCUGGUCUUUCCUGAUGGUUCCAGGUAUGAAGGUGAAUUUGUGCAGGGGAAGUUCCAGGGAGCCGGAGUUUUCACUCGCUUCGAUGGUAUGAAGUUUGAGGGCGAAUUUAAAGGAGGAUGUGUGAACGGCCACGGCCUGCUGACAUUUAUGGACGGGGGAGGAGGCGGCGGUGCCCAUGAGGGCCUGUUUGAGACCAACCAGCUGACGAGGAGAGGGAGCAGCCAUGGAGCUGUUCACAGAGCGCAGGCAGCUUCUGCCAAAGCCAGGGCUCUGGCCUUGUGAAGCGGACCACUCGCCCCCCCGGUACCAGGGUCAUCCUCUCUAUCCUCCUCUCACUCCGACCUCCUGGAUAUGUUUUUAGUGCUCCUUCGUUUCGUUGCGUCCUGCUUCUGUAAACGAUACGGGGUUAAAAACGUUCCACUUUCUGCUCUGAUUCAUUUGAACUCCUGUGACUGUAACCUGUAACACUCUCUCUGGAAUAUUCACUCCGGUAAUAUAUGCUAACAGCGCCACCGACUCAGGAACAGCAGAGCCGAACCCAGACUGCUGGGCUCGCUGUCAAGUGCCAAAUAUGAUCCAGGGUUUGAUUUAAACAACAAACUCUGGAAGCAGCAGUAUAUGUGGGCAUUUUUCAUGCAGUCCUUACAGCAGGCAGGUUCUCACUGGGCUUUAUUUACCAGCUUUAUGAUUGACUUUCCUCACUUUAUGAUAAGAAUUAGAUUCAGCUCAUCGAGUUUUUACAAAAGAAAAAGAUGUCUGAACCAUUAAUUAAGGUUUAUAUUAUGAUCAAGUAACAAUUUCCUCAUCCAAAGUUCAAAACAAAACACAAUUAAAUCAUCUUUAAAGUUGAAAUGUAAUAAUAAAGCAGGAUAUAAGCUGCUGUUCUCACGUUGUCUUAAUCUCUUACAUCCUCUAAACAGUCCCCUCACAUCCUGCCAUUUGGGUCUCAUUAAAGGAAAAUGUGAGAACGCACAAAAUGAAAACAAUAGAAUAAUUACUACCAGCUACUUUAAUUGUUUUAGAGGGUUAAACUGAGGUUAAAUUAUUUUGCCAAACAAAUUUUUCACUUACUGUUAGAACAACUGUAGCAAACCCUCAUUCCACUGGAGUUUACAUAAUCACCAGAGGUGGUCUGACUUUAAGACAUUUUCUCACACAUGCAGACCAGUGUUUUAGUUUUCUCUAUCUGAGGCCUCGUCCAAACUGAGACCAGAUUGUAAGAUGUACCUGAAAGGACCUUUGGAAUGAACAAUAGUUUUUGAAAUUGGGUCACAAUAAAAAAAUAAGAAGAAACAUUUACAAAUCAGGGGGAAAAAAUUAACAACGAAUAGCUAAUAGAGGCUAAUGCUACGUUCACACCGGACGCAGCAGGCGCAGCAGAAGCAGCGAGUUUGCAUGCAAAGUCAAUGGCCGUUUCUCACUAUGCGUUCUUGAGCGUUCUCGUCUGCUUGUGUACUCAUCAUCAGCCUCAGCCCGGGUACCGUUCCGAUUCUCGAGAACGCACCAAAUUCCCCGGAUGUUGUUUUCGCCCCGCCCUCUUUAUCGAGCAUGCAUCAGAGCAGACUUGUACGUUUCUAAUACUGACCGCUUCC